CCUUCCCACAAGUCUCUCUUCCUGGAUUGCCACGUAACAAGCACAAGUGUUCGCGUCCCACGAAAAAGAGCUUGGCCGACGUGUCGUAGCGGAACCUGCCCUCCGUAGUUGGGGGAAAAAACCACCUAAAAAUCCUCACCGGUUUCACAAACGGGAGCAAUGGGGGGAUCGCAAAGUGUAGAGAUUCCGGGAGGAGGAUCGGAGGGUUAUCAUGUUCUCAGAGUUCAGGAGAACUCUCCAGGACACAGAGCUGGCUUGGAGCCUUUCUUUGACUUCAUCGUGUCCAUCAAUAACACCAGACUGAACAAGGAUAACGACACCCUGAAGGACCUGCUGAAAGCAAACGUGGAGAAGCCUGUCAAGAUGCUCGUCUACAGCAGCAAAACGCUGGAACUACGGGAAACCACCGUAACCCCUAGCAACAUGUGGGGCGGCCAGGGGCUUCUCGGUGUCAGCAUCCGCUUCUGCAGCUUCGAGGGAGCCAAUGAAAACGUCUGGCACGUGCUGGAAGUGGAACCUAAUUCUCCGGCAGCACUGGCUGGUUUAAGGCCACACACAGACUACAUCAUUGGAGCAGACACAGUAAUGAAUGAGUCUGAGGACUUGUUUUCGCUGAUAGAAACUCACGAAGGGAAAGGGUUGAAGCUCUAUGUGUACAACACUGACACAGACAACUGCAGAGAGGUUGUCAUCACCCCCAACAGCGCCUGGGGAGGCGAGGGCAGUCUUGGUUGUGGCAUUGGUUAUGGUUACCUGCACAGAAUCCCCACACGACCUUUCGAAGAGGGAAAGAAGAUAAGUUUCCCUGGACAUCCUCCAAGCGAACCAGUCAGCCCACUGAAGGAUGGCUUCACUGAGGUUCAGCUCUCAGCUGUUACCCCACCCCCUGUUACACCCCCUGCUCCUACGGGGCUUGAGGAAGGGCUGACAAGCCUGUCACUCACCUCAGCCCCGCCCACCAUUCCCAGUGAGCUCAACACAGGUAUGCCCACAGUCCCACUGUUGCCUACUCAGGUGACGCCAUCUCUGAGUUCAUUACCCGCUGUCAAUCCCGCCACCACGCUACCGGGUUUGAUGCCGUUACCGGCAGGUCUUCCACCGCUCCCCAACCUGCCAAACCUCCCCAACCUUAACAUUCCCUUACCGGACCUGAGCGCAGUGUCGCUACCCGGGAUCAGUGGGCUACCCCCCUCGACCACAGGUAUGCCCACCCUGGCACCUCUGGGCACCCUCCCUCCUCUAAACCUCCCAGGCAUGGCACCCUUAUCCAUGCCAACCGUACUCCCCACCAUGCCAGGCGUCUCUCUACCCUCCACCCUGCCCCCCUCGGACCUCAUCCCCCCCGUCUCCACGGCAACGGACCUCACCCCAGCCCUCAUCCUGGACGCCACUCCUGCCGCUGCUGACAAAGACACGCCCACGGGAGCACCCGUUGCCACAGAGACGGUCUCCCAGGAAACGCCGGAAGCCGAAAAACCAGCCCCCGAGUCUUCGUAACCAGGAGGCGUUUAUGAGGGGGGGGGGGGGAGCGUUUU